GCCUCAAAACUUGCAUCAUCGUCAUCAAAAUUAUGGCGUCCUUAACCUCCACCGUUUUGUCCAAGAUCCCAUCGUCCUCUCCAAAAAUUCUGGCCAUUACUCAACGGUUCCCACAGCCCAUAGCUCCCCAGCAAAUAAGACCAGUCUCUCUAAAAGGGGUCUUGUCCAAAGCGGCUAUAAAAGCGACGAGUCAAAGUGCAGCCACUGGUUCCCAAUCUCCAGGACUCUACUCGGCGCAGAAAUUUGAGCUCACUGCUCAAAACGUGGACUUGGUUCUCGAGGAUGUUCGUCCUUACUUGAUUGCUGAUGGUGGAAACGUCGACGUGGUGUCCGUCGAAGAUGGUGUUAUCUCUCUCAAACUCCAAGGAGCAUGUGGUAGCUGUCCUAGCUCAACCACCACCAUGAAAAUGGGGAUCGAAAGAGUACUUAAGGAGAAAUUUGGAGAUGCUAUUAAAGACAUCCGCCAAGUGUACGAUGAAGAACCAAGGGAAACAACUGCUCAGGCAGUCAAUAGCCAUCUCGAUAUAUUGAGACCAGCAAUUAAAAACUUUGGUGGAAGCGUGGAUGUACUGUCUGUUGACGGUGGGGAAUGCCAUGUAAAGUAUUCAGGACCCGAGUCUAUUGGGUCAGGAAUCAAAGCAGCAAUUAAAGAGAAGUUCCCAGAUAUCAAUGAUGUUGUGUUUGUCUAGGUCAGGCUUUAUAUACGAGUCUCAUUUAAGUGAAAAUACAAAUGUACAAAUUUGAGAUCAAUUUUUUGUAUUUGUACUGUGGCUCAGAUGCUUGUGUUUUCUCUCUUUUUUUCCCCUCAAUAUUUGUUUUGAUGUAUGUAUCAUUUAGCUGCGAAAAAGAGCAUUGUCAAUCCAUACCCUGUUGAGCUGGAA